CCCCGGGCCAGCAACUUCCCCGUCUCCGAGGCGGGCGCGGAGCUCCGGAGGAGGAGGAGGUGGUAGUGGUGGUGGGAGGCGACGAAGACGACGGUGGUGGUGCCCGGGGGGAUGCGGCGGAGCGGGUCGGCGGGAGGCGUCGAGGCGGGUAGAGAGGGAGCGCCGAGCCCUUGUCGCCGCCGCUCCCGGCGGGGCUCGGCUGUCCUUGUCCCCCCCACACCCGUCUCCUCCUCCUCCUCCUCCUCCUGCUGCUCCGGGCGGCGGCGCUGCUGAGCCCCGCGGUGCCUCCGCGCCGCCUCCCUCCUCGUCCUCCUCCUCCUCCUCCUCCUCCUCCCUCCUCUUCUUCUUCCUCGCCCAGCGCUCCCCCGGCCGCGCAGCCCCGCAGCUCCAGGCCGCGGCCGGCCCUCCCUCAGCCCCCCUCCCCGGGAGGCAGGAGGGGCGUGAUGGCGUCCUACGUGGAUAACAGCUUCCGCCAGGCGGUGAUGAAGAACCCGGCGGAGAGGAGCCCCCAGGAUUUGGAGAUUGUGUAUUCCUAUUUACAUGGAAUGGAAGCCUUGUCUAACCUGAGAGAGCAUCAGCUAAGACUGAUGUGUGAAACAGUUAGAUAUGAAAGGCAUGAAGCAAAUGAAGUUCUGUACUACCCUGAUGAUAUUGGUACCUGUUGGUAUAUCCUGCUGUCUGGCUCAGUCUUCAUUAAAGAAUCUAUGUUUCUUCCAAGGAGCAGUUUUGGCAAGCGUUCCGCAGGAAGCUUCAGGCGUGGCUGUGAAUGCAUUGUUUUAGAGCCAUCCGAAAUGAUUGUGGUUGAUUACAUGGAUGAAAAUGAAGAGUAUUUUCAGCGUCAAGCUUCUCAUAGGCAAUCUCGAAGAAGAUUUAGGAAAAUCAACCAAAAAGGGGAGCGACAAACAAUUAUUGAUACUGUUGACCCUUAUCCCGUGGGGAAGCCACCUCUACCUAGAGGCUACCAUACGGAAUGCACUAAACCUCAGCUUCCUGCAGAUUUCACAAAGCUGCACCUUACUGACAGUCUCCACCCACAGGUGACCCACGUUUCAUCUAGUCACUCAGGAUGUAGCAUCACUAGUGACUCAGGAAGCAGCAGCCUUUCUGAUAUCUACCAGGCUACAGAAAGUGAGGCUGGUGAUAUGGAUCUCAGUGGGUUGCCAGAGACAGCAGUGGAUUCUGAGGAUGAUGAUGAUGAAGAAGACAUUGAAAGGGCAUCGGAUCCUUUAAUGAGUAGGGAUAUUGUUAGAGACUGCUUGGAGAAAGACCCAAUAGACAGGACAGAUGAUGACAUUGAACAACUACUGGAAUUCAUGCACCAAUUGCCUGCUUUUGCCAACAUGACAAUGUCAGUGAGGAGAGAGCUCUGUGCUGUAAUGGUGUUUGCAGUUGUGGAGAGAGCAGGAACUAUUGUACUAAACGAUGGGGAAGAGCUGGAUUCCUGGUCAGUCAUUUUGAAUGGGUCUGUGGAGGUGACGUACCCUGAUGGAAGAACAGAGAUACUCUGCAUGGGGAACAGUUUUGGUGUUUCCCCUACCAUGGAAAAAGAAUACAUGAAAGGAGUGAUGAGAACCAAAGUGGAUGACUGCCAGUUUGUUUGUAUAGCCCAGCAAGAUUAUUGCCGCAUCCUCAAUCAAGUGGAAAAGAACAUGCAGAAGGUAGAAGAGGAAGGGGAGAUUGUGAUGGUGAAGGAGCACAGGGAGCUUGAUCGCACCGGAACAAGAAAAGGUCACAUUGUCAUCAAGGGAACAGCUGAAAGGUUAACAAUGCAUUUGGUGGAAGAACAUUCUGUGGUAGACCCAACAUUUAUAGAAGACUUCCUGUUGACGUAUCGGACCUUUCUUUCCAGCCCAAUGGAAGUGGGCAAGAAGUUGUUGGAGUGGUUCAAUGACCCCAGCCUCAGGGAUAAGGUUACACGGGUAGUAUUGUUGUGGGUGAACAAUCACUUCAAUGAUUUUGAAGGAGAUCCUGCUAUGACUCGAUUUCUGGAAGAAUUUGAGAACAAUUUGGAGAGGGAGAAAAUGGGUGGACAUUUGAGGCUGUUAAAUAUUGCUUGUGCUGCUAAAGCUAAACGAAGAUUGAUAACCUUGACAAAGCCAUCUCGAGAAGCCCCUUUGCCUUUUAUCUUGCUGGGAGGAUCAGAAAAGGGAUUUGGAAUCUUUGUUGACAGUGUCGAUUUUGGUAGCAAAGCUACAGAAGCAGGCUUGAAACGUGGAGACCAGAUUCUGGAAGUGAACGGUCAAAACUUUGAAAACAUUCAGCUGUCAAAAGCCAUGGAAAUCCUUAGAAAUAACACUCAUCUGUCUAUCACUGUGAAAACCAAUUUAUUUGUUUUUAAAGAACUCUUAACACGGUUGUCAGAGGAAAAAAGAAAUGGUGCUCCCCACCUGCCUAAAAUUGGUGAUAUUAAAAAGGCAAGUCGUUAUUCCAUCCCAGACCUUGCCGUUGAUGUGGAGCAGGUGAUAGGAUUAGAAAAAGUAAAUAAGAAAAGUAAAGCCAACACAGUUGGGGGAAGAAAUAAAUUAAAGAAGAUACUUGACAAGACUCGAAUCAGUAUUCUGCCUCAGAAACCAUACAAUGACAUUGGAAUUGGCCAGUCUCAGGAUGACAGCAUUGUGGGACUGAGGCAAACGAAGCACAUUCCUCCUGCUUUACCUGUCAGUGGAACCCUGUCAUCCAGUAAUCCUGACCUACUACAGUCUCAUCACCGCAUUUUAGACUUCAAUACUACUCCAGACUUACCAGAUCAAGUUCUGAGGGUUUUCAAGGCAGACCAGCAAAGUCGCUACAUCAUGAUCAGUAAGGACACAACAGCGAAAGAAGUGGUCAUCCAGGCUAUCAGGGAGUUCGCUCUCACCGCAACCCCUGAUGCGUAUUCACUGUGUGAAGUCUCUGUCACGCCUGAGGGUGUCAUCAAGCAAAGGAGGCUUCCUGAUCAGUUAUCCAAGCUUGCUGACAGGAUACAGCUGAGUGGCAGGUAUUACCUGAAGAACAACAUGGAAACAGAAACUCUUUGUUCAGAUGAAGAUGCUCAAGAGUUACUAAGGGAAAGUCAAAUUUCCCUACUACAGCUCAGUACUGUUGAGGUGGCUACUCAACUCUCCAUGAGAAACUUUGAGCUAUUCCGUAAUAUUGAACCCACGGAAUACAUAGAUGACUUGUUUAAACUCAAAUCAAAAACAGGUUGCACUAAUCUAAAAAAGUUUGAAGAGGUGAUAAAUCAAGAAACGUUCUGGGUGGCUUCUGAGAUCCUAAGAGAAACCAACCAGUUGAAAAGGAUGAAGAUCAUUAAGCAUUUCAUUAAGAUAGCACUACACUGCAGAGAAUGCAAGAACUUCAACUCGAUGUUUGCCAUCAUUAGUGGCCUGAAUUUGGCACCAGUUGCAAGGCUCCGAACUACUUGGGAAAAGCUUCCAAGCAAGUAUGAAAAACUGUUUCAAGAUCUACAGGAUUUGUUUGAUCCAUCUAGGAAUAUGGCAAAAUAUCGUAAUGUCCUUAACAGCCAAAACCUACAGCCCCCCAUUAUCCCCCUGUUUCCUGUUAUCAAAAAAGACCUUACGUUCCUUCAUGAAGGAAAUGACUCAAAAGUAGAGGGCUUGGUCAAUUUUGAGAAGCUGAGAAUGAUUGCGAAGGAGAUACGCCAUGUUGGUCGCAUGGCGUCUGUGAACAUGGAUCCUGCUUUAAUGUUUAGAACAAGGAAGAAGAAAUGGAGGAGUUUGGGGUCUCUCAGCCAGGGCAGUACGAAUGCAGCCGUGCUGGAUGUCGCGCAAGCCGGGGGUCAUAAAAAGCGGGUCCGUCGGAGCUCCUUCCUUAAUGCUAAAAAACUGUAUGAAGAUGCUCAGAUGGCACGGAAAGUAAAGCAGUAUCUCUCAAACCUGGAUCUGGAAAUGGACGAAGAGAGCCUCCAGACGCUGUCUCUGCAGUGUGAGCCAGCCACCAACACACUGCCAAAGAAUACGGGAGACAAGCGAUCUGGAAAAUCUGAAACGUCACCGGUGGCUCCCCGGGCAGGCAUCCAGCAGAAGGUGCAGCAGCAGCAGCAACAUAAAGUAAACCAGGCAUUGCAGGUCCCUGCCGUAUCUCUUUAUCCCUCUCGCAAGAAAGUGCCAGUCAAAGACCUCCCACCAUUCGGCAUUAAUUCCCCGCAAGCUUUAAAGAAAAUUCUUUCAUUAUCUGAAGAAGGAAGUUUGGAUCGUCACAAGAAACAAUCUGAAGACGCGGUCUCAAGCGCAUCUUCACAGCUGUCUUCUCCUCCCACUUCACCACAGAGCUCUCCAAGGAAAGGCUAUACUUUGGCUCCUAGUGGCACGGUGGAUAACUUUUCAGAUUCUGGUCACAGCGAAAUUUCUUCCAGAUCUAGUAUUGUCAGCAAUUCCUCUUUUGACUCUAUGCCAGUCUCCCUGCAUGAUGAGAGGAGACAGAGGCAUUCUGUCAGCAUCGUGGAGACAAACCUCGGUGUGGGAAGGAUUGAUAGAAGAAUCAUGAUUGAACCAGAUCAAUACAGCUUAGGCUCAUAUGCCCCGCUGUCAGAGACCAGAGGCCUGUACGCUGGAGCAACGGUGCUUUCUUCUCCUAGUACAGAAGAACUGUCACAGGACCAGGGGGACAGAGCUUCACUCGAUGCAGCUGACAGUGGCCGUGGUAGCUGGACUUCUUGUUCAAGUGGUUCUCACGACAACAUACAAACAAUACAACACCAGAGAAGCUGGGAGACUCUUCCUUUUGGACAUGCUCAUUUCGAUAGUUCAGGCGAUGGGGCAGGACUGUGGGCCUCGGGCAGCCAUAUGGACCCGCUGAUGUUCCCCGAUCAUGGCACAAAGUAUGGCAGGCAAAGUCAAGGUAGGGAGGGCCUUGAUCAAGCACAGUCCAGAGCAAGCUGGGCAUCCUCAACAGGAUACUGGGGAGAGGACUCGGAAGGCGAUACAGGUACCAUAAAGCGGAGGGGUGGGAAGGAUGUUUCGAUUGAAGCUGAAACCAGUAGCAUAACAUCUGUACCAGCAGAGGAGUCGAAGCCAGCUCCCGUGCCCACUCACAUAGCAGUAUCACCAAGUAGUACCAAGGGGCUUAUUGCACGAAAAGAGGGUCGAUAUCGGGAACCACCCCCAACUCCUCCUGGUUAUGUAGGAAUACCUAUUGCUGAGUUUGCAGAAGGUGGCUCCCAUCCAACCAGAAAGCCUCCAGAUUACAACAUAGCAGUUCAGAGGUCUAGAAUGGUGGCACGGACAUGUGAGACUCAUGGGACGUCAACUCCGCAGCAGCAGUCGCAUGGCCAUUCAACUAGCAGGCCUGUGAACAAACCCCAGUGGCAUAAACCAAAUGAGUCAGAUCCACGUCUUGCUCACUAUCCGUCUCAAGGGUUUUCCACAGAGGAAGAUGAAGAUGAACAAGUCUCUGCGGUCUAAGACUUGGGCUUUUCUGGAUCCAGAGUGAGCCACCUUAAAGGAGAGCACAAGAAGACGUCCCUAGAAUAGGAGCCUUGGAACUAUAGUGAAAGGAUGGUGGACCUAUUUGCCUCCUUCCCUGCCUUAAAGCAGCAUGGGGCUUCUUCCUCCGCCCCUCCCCCUUCUGUCCCCUCUCCCCUUGCAUGUGAAAUACUGUGAAGAAAUCGCCCUGGCACUUUUCAAACUGUGUUGCUUGAAAUGCACAGUGCAGCAAUCUCCAAGCUACCACUGUCGCUGUCUGCCACAUCACACAGUAUCAUUCCAAAUUCCAAGAUCAUCACAUCAGGAUGAUUAACUCUGGCUGCACUUCCCAAUGCCUGGAAGGGUUUUGUUGUUGUUGUUUUUUUGUUUGUUUUUUUAAAUCUUCCUUUUAGAUUUUAAUCACAAUCCUAGCACUUAGUCUCAUUGGGAUAAUGAGAUAAGCUAGUUGUCGAAUUACAUUUGGCCUUUAACCUACAAAGAGAAAAAUGCAUUGAAAUCCUUCAAGGAGGCAGUGCUUAUUUGCUUGUUUACAAUGCCUUUGUUACGAUUUUGUAUGUUUGCGUUUCGGAGAUCAAAUACUGCAUCUGCAUAGUAAUUACAGUAUUAUUUCAUACCUGUAAGUAGGGUUGCCAGCCUGAGCUCCUGGGAAGAACAUUGCUAUCACAUGGCUGAGCAGGGCAGAAGGGAGGGCAGAGGUUAUGGGAUGCAGCCUUUCGGGGAUGCAGCCUUUCCUUGACCGUCUCUCACUUCACUCUUAAUGUGCCCCACCCUGGAAUCUUCAGAAGUUUGUAAAUGAGAGCGUUAAUGGCAUCCUCAGCCGUUAAUGGCAUCCUCAGCCGGGUGUAGUGUAAAUGCAGAAACACGUGCUUGCAACUGGCCGGUAAUGGAAGAGGACACUGUGUGUCUCAUACCUGUGCCUUGCGGAACACAGGAUGGCAUGCUGAAAAAGAAAGUGUCCCAUUCUAAUGAGACGGACAGCAACCCCACCUUUAAGUUAUAUAUUAUUUUUAUUUUUGUUUGGUUUUGUUUUUUUUUUUUUACUAUAUAGUAGUUAUAUUAAACGAAAAAUUAACUGGAUAACAUUGCAGUGAAGGCACGUUGGGAUGUCACAGCUCGUGUCAGCUGUUAACACUGAUCUAAUAACCUCCAUCUAUUGACUUUGGCAUUAGGGGAUAAACGAGCCUUUAAGUAAUGAAAAAUAACACGUUUAGAUUUGCCAGCCUUUGCAGAACUAGUCACAACUGUUAAUGGCUUCAUGGAACACUGCAUGUGUAGAGAAGGCCAAUGUGUAGCAACCACCUGCUCACAGCUGCUAUUAACCCUAUAAUGACUGAAAUGACCCUCCCCUCUAUUUUUGUGUUGUUUUUGCACAGACUCCGGAGAAGUGAAGGCUGCCAAUCCGAGUAGUACUCAAAUGUGAGGAACUGCUGGUCUUGGAUUUUUUUUUUUUUCCCAUUGAACUCAGCUGAUCAUAUUGAUCAGUAGAUAAACGUAAAUAGCUUCAACUUUUAAAGAUCAAAUUGCAGUGUUUUUUCACUGUAUCAAACAAAUGUCAGUGCUUUAUUUAAUUCUCUCUCCUGUAAUCAUAGCUUUUGUCUAUUUGCUUAUAUAUCACAUUGUCAAUUAUGCAUUUGUAAUUUUACAUGUAAUAUGCAUUAUUUGCCAGUUUUAUUCUGAAGGCUAUGGACCUCAUGUGCAUAUAGAAAUACAAAAUCCUAGCUCUAUCACAAGUUGCACAAAUGUUAUAUAAGCAUUAAGUAAUUGUAGACCAUAGGACUGCUAAUCUCAGUUCGCUCUGUGAUGUCAAGUGCAGAAUGUACAAUUAACUGGUGAUUUCCUCAUACUUUUGAUACUACUUGUACCUGUAUGUCUUUUAGAAAGACAUUGGUGGAGUCUGUAUCCCUUUUGUAUUUUUAAUACAAUAAUUGUACAUAUUGGUUAUAUUUUUGUUGAAAAUGGUAGAAAUGUACUAUGUUUAUGCUUCUACAUCCAGUUUGUAUGAAGCUGGAAAAUAAAUAAAUAUAACAUUAAUGAAGUCCAUAUUGAUUCUUAUGCAUUUUACAUGUUCCACAUACUUGAACAAAUUUAUGAAAAAAUUUUACUUCUCUGUGUAUUAAUAUUAAAGGGACAUUGCCAAGCGAUGUGGGCAAGCCAUUGGUGUGGAGUUUUUCUUAAUAUACAGUUGUGUUGCUGAUACUAUUUUUGAAAAGUUUGCUGUGUGUACUGUUGAAUGAGAAUGACUGAUACGUUGUGCGUCCCUGGCAGAAACGGUGGAGGUGCCGAAAAAGGAGUUCCUAUUGGAAUGGUCUCAGGUAUAUAGAGAAUGUAAACGGGUUUAAAGGAAGGAUCGUAUUGAUUUGAUAUUCUGUAUGGUGUAAAAGUAAGGAAUGUGUGUUGUAACAUUUAGGUAGGGAGAAGUAUGGAAAGUGAUACAAAAGAAGGUAUUUCA